CACUCUUCGUCGUCCUCGGAUCGGUAUCCGCACAGUGGAGCAAUUAGCCGGCGAGAAUCGUUCGCGAGUGUUACGGAGGACUGUCUGCGGCAUCGUAAGCGUACCAGCUCCGGUGGUUCCGCCCGAAGAAGAUAAGGUGUUAAGUUUUGACCAACAUUUUUUUUUGCCAAAUUUGGUAUUGUUAGUUUAAAAAGAUGUAAAAUUUUUAUUUCGGUAGUUACUAAAUAAAACAGAAAAAGAAACAGAUUUGGGAACAUAGAAUCAAUAAUUAUUGAGAAAGGAUUUAUUGAGGAGCGAUUUGCGAACGGGAAGGUUCCCUUGAAUGAUUCCUUGACCCUUAAUCUGGACCAAGGUCACACGCUCUCCUGCCGAUACAUGAUCAACCCGUCGACCUCCAGCGAGUUCAUGUACUAGGUCCAACGUCAGCGCAAGAUUUGGUGGAUGCGGUACGUGUGUGAUCCGGGCCGGUUCUUCAUUUCGGACCCCCACCAGGACGCGGACACGCGCGUUUAAUCCGUCGCCAUCAAGAGUCGCCUUGGCGGAGAGGAACUCACGCUAGAACAGCUGGAACUCUUUCCGACGGACGCCGCCGCCCUCGAGGAAGACCUGGGGGACUUUCGAAUCAAGGAGGGCCGAACCAGCAGUAAAAGGAUACGGCCCAGUAUGCUGCGGCUGCGUCAGUGCGUUGAAGUGGCCACGCUGCAGAUCGUGUUGGAUGCGUUUGAAAGUGGCGGCGAUGCAAGCGUGAGGAUUCACCGCAAGCUGACGCCGUUCAAGUGUGGCAUCGUGUGUCUUUCCGACAACCCCGCCCUGAUGCCGGAGUUGCGUGACCUGGCCAAACACCUGUGCAACGUGCUGCGCAAAGCGAACCUUCCCGUGCUCGACUGCUCCAAGCGUAACGGCGGUCGUUCCCCGGCCAAACAGCUGCACCACCUCGACUCGAUAGCCGUCCCGUACUGCCUGCUGCUGCGCGACCAGUGUCUCCAGAAUGGCCUCUUUCAGCUGCGGUCCCGCGACACCACCCUCAGCGAAAUGAUGCACAUCUCGGAUUUACCGCAAUAUUUAUUGAAAAUAGUAACAAGUUGAGUUUAAUAAAUACA